AUGGUUGUCCAUAUUCUCGGUAAAGGUUUCAAGGGUAAGGAGGUGGUUAAGAUUGCACUUGCAUCAAAGUUCUAUGGCGUGGGCCAAAAAACUGCUGAAAAGAUCUGUUCUAAACUGGGUUUUUACCCGUGGAUGCGAAUGCAUCAGCUUAAUGAGGCUCAAGUGAUGUCUAUAACAACUGAGCUGACGAAUAUGACUAUUGAAGGUGCUGCUAGAGCUGUUGUAAAAGAAAAUAUUGCAUUAAAAAGAAGAAUUGGUUCCUACCAGGGUAUGAGACAUGCUCUUGGACUUCCUGUUCGUGGGCAGCGUACUAGGAACAAUUCUAAGACUGCAAGAAAAUUGAACAAACUUGAUAGAAGAGGGUAUCAUACUAGUGCUACAAAUCAGCCAGAAAGUGACCUUGUGGGUAAUCUCUGUCGUUAUUUGGGCAUAUGGCAUAGCUAA